AUGGCCACGUUGGCAGAAGCAGAGCAAGAGCCACAGGCGCUCCCGGGAGAAGUGACGGAGGAGGUCGGCCCGUCAGAAGCACCUCAGGAAGAGGUGAAAGUUGUCGUGGCACCGUCGGCCACUCCUGAACUAAACUCCGAAAGUCAUCAACACGGAGGCGACGCAUGCGACGGCUCGAAAGCAGAUCAGGAGCUUCGUGACACCGCAGACACCAGGGACAGCGGCACAUCUGUUUCCUUGCACGCACCGGCCCCUGAUCAGGUAGCUGUUGCAUCAGGCGCAUGCACUGAUGUUCCGCCUGCGCCCGCGGCAGCAGUGGGCCUAUUCCACUUUGACACGGUCAAGGGCUACAAGCCUCAUGGUAAAGCGAUGGGCAUGACACUUAUCUCGACCUUCCUCUCUCUGACCUUCAUCUUUACGAUCACGAACAUCGACCCAGAUAGCUAUCAGCCUUGCAACAACCCUUCCGCGGCAGGCUGUUUAUAUCUCAAGAUCUUCUCUGCAGGGAAUGUGUCGUCAACGACAGGCUUCUUUGUAAGCGUGCUGAAUGGAGACGCGGACCUCGUGGGCCUGUCUAGUAGCAUUAAAGAUCAUUCAUGGCACGGGGAAGAGCUUUCCAGUUCGUGGUCUUUCCAUACUGGCAUGAGGGCAGCAGUUUCGUGGAUGAUAGCUAUUGGGGGCGACAUCACAUAUCAGCCCCCUGCCCUGUGCCCGAACAUGACAGUUGAUGACAUGCGGACAUUCUGCACCACAAUCGAGAUGAAGGAAGGAGCCCAAAAUCAUCUUCUGGGCGAGGGCCGACAAGUCUUCCUGCUGUUUACCACCCUGUGGUGCCUUUUCACAGUUGUUCAUGAUUGCCUUGUCCUUGAAAAGAGGAGGCAGAUGGCUGCCUUCACAGCCUUUGCGGCAGUCUUCGCUCGGGCGACUGCGGCUUCAACGGCCGCAUACUGGGCCUUUGGCAGCACGUCCGUGUUCAUUUCGCCCCACAAAGUUGAAGACUGCGCGUGCUUUUAUCAAAUGCCAGCCGUCCAAGCCCUCUUCACACUGGUCAGCCCCGUGCUGUUGCUGAAAGCCAGCUAUCAAGAGCUGUUAGACUGGCUACGUGGGGUGAUUUACGGGGAGUACCUUCACUUCCAGAGCCACCGGAUUCCACAUCAUGUUGAGCAAUCCAGCAGCUCUUGGACAUCAGGGCACCUGAUGGUAUGGAAAGAGCCCAUUCUUUCGCAAGCCCGCAUGAAUCCGAAGGUUUACAAGUACAUUGGCUGGUCAUAUUUUUUGAUCAUUGCCGCGUGGGAAGUCGCUUGCUUCACCCUCAUAGCUCCACUUGCUCCGAGCACACUUGUGAGAGCAGAGGAGGUUAUCGUCAAGUUCCUACAGUCCGCCGACAAUCAGACAGGUUAUGCCACGCACUGGCUUUACACCAUCCUCAGCUGGGCGAUUUAUUUCACACCUUGGACCUGCCUGGCAUGGGCAGCGCAAGCCAUUUAUGUUUUUCAUUUGGCGUACAAAGUCUGGUCAGAUGAAGAUCGAACAUGCCGUACUCUUGCCACAGUAGCCUUGUUUUGUUUCUUCGCUGUCGGUUCUUUCUUUGGCUCCCUCUGGGUCUUCAUCACCUCGUUGAGUUCACCCCCGAGCGGCUUGCCCGGCCGCGAGACCAUGGUCUUGCGGGCUGAACUGCGUGCAGUUGGACAAUAUAUGGGCGCCUUGUUGCUGUCCAUGGCUGUCGUUUUCUACUCUUCCCUGAAAAGCAUAGCCGCUGUGCAAGGGCUGGGCGAUGACAAGACUUUGAUGACGCCCAGCGGCUUCCUGGGUUUUUGUGAUGAGCAUCCCAAUGUGGUUCAGUCUGUUCCGGACCUCCUGAGGCUGCAGGAGGUUGCCUUCAUGUUGGAAAGCCGCUUGGAGAGUGCAGGCGAUGGGAAGGUGGAGCAGGACGAGGAACGCGCUGAAGGGGAAAUGGAGAUGGCGGUCAUGGCGGAGUGGAGCGGCAAGGUGGAGCAGAUUUGGUUUAGAGUUUAG